AUGAUAUUCCGUCAUCCUAUUUCUACUUUAACGAGGAUCACUACUUCGACAUUGAAAUACGCCUCUUCUAAUACUGCCAAUCUCUUAUUUUCUUCAACUAAUUCAUUCUCAUCUGAAGAUUAUCCUCAUCCUCAACAAAUACAAGAAUGGAUGGAAAACGCUCAAGAAGGAAUGGAUGCUUUUUUCGAUGAUUAUUUUGAUAUGGCUUAUGAUAUCUUUGCUCAACAUGCUACUGUCUCACCAUUUCAUGCUCUUGGAUAUGCUUUAAUGGCUUAUGUGGAAGCUAUGGUCAGCUUCGAAGUAUCUCAUAUUCAAUUAGCCCAAGAACGAUUAUCAGCUGCUGAAUCCUUAUGUCAUCAAUUUGUCAAACGUACCCGUCGACAAUCUCAAACAUGUCAUCAUCAUCAUCAUUAUCAUCAUCAUCAUCAAUAUCAUCAUCAUCUUCAUAAUCAUCAUCAACACCGUCAUUCAAAAUCAAAUCGAUCUCCUAAAUCGUCCUCAACAAUCUCUCCUGAAAUGCAAUAUGAAGUAUUGGAAACAAACUGUAUGCUCAUGUCAGCUACUUUACAAUUCCUUAGCAACAAUUGGGUCGAUUAUGUGCGUGCAGCUUAUAAAUUACGGAAAACAUACAAGAAAUAUGAACAGCUUUUUGAAGUCGUGACUGGUCAGAAAACAAGUGAUUAUGCCCAUCAAGUCAAACAAAGUCGAAAAAGAAAAAGAUCAAGACGUCAACGAAAACAUAGCAGUGCAACUUCUAGCAACAUGAACAAUAACACCAACAAAUCAAAAUCAACCGUCUUAGAUGAAAAUGGCCCUUCUUUUUACUGUGAUGCUAGUGAUAUUCAAAGUGGUGUCUUUUUUGGGAUUGGAUUACUUAGUCUAAUCUUUUCACUCUUACCACCAAAACUUAAUAAAUUGUUGAAUACACUUGGAUUCCAUUCUUCUCGUCCUUUUGCAUUACAACUACUGCAACAAUCUUAUCACAAUCAAGAUGGCAUGUAUUCUUCUCUGAGUGCAUUGGCUCUAUUAGCGUACUAUACCAACCUGUCAUCCUUUAUUCAUCCGGCCUUAUUACCCUCCUCACUGACUUUAACUAAAGCUCGUGAUAUUGUCAAUGAUAUUAAGCUCAAAUACCCUCAUGGCAAGAUUUGGAAAUUAUUGGAAGGGAAAUUAUAUCGAAUGGAAGGUAACCUACGGAAAAGUGUUGAAGUCUUACGUGAUUGCCGAAGAAGGGAAAGUGUCUGCAUGCCUGUGUUGAAUGGAUCCAUUGACGACAAUAACAAGAACAACUAUAACAAAACCACUAACAAUCGACAUCAUCAUCUGACUAUGACUACUACUUUUCCUCCACCACAUCAAUCUAUGGUCUCUGAAUUGGCUUUACAAAUAAGUGCAUUAUCGGUGUAUGAAAUGGGAUGGGGACAAAUCUUUCUUGGUGAUUACUUCCAAGCUUCUGAAACUUUUUUCCGAUUGGAAAGCAUGAAUAACUGGUCACGGGCAUUUUACCAUUAUAUUGCCACUUGUUGUCUCUAUGGUGAUGAAGAAUAUGACAAAGCAGCGAUUGACUUUGUACAAAUUCCACGUCUAUUGGCCAGGCGAAGAAGAUCUGGUACAAGACUUUUACCCAACGAACAAUUUGCGGAUCGAACUAUACAACGAUGGAUGCGACAAGGGGCUCAUUUGAUGGCGGAAAAAAAGAAACAAAAUGGAGAAUUGGGUUCGAAUGACGAUGAUGACGAUUGGCGGCAACGAAAAGGGGUGAUGGAUGGUCAUUUACUACAACAAGUUGUCUUGGUGAAUCCAUUAUGGGAAUUGAUUUAUCUUUGGAAUGGGAUCUAUCAUGUUUCUCCAGCAAUGUUACUUCAAAUGAAACAAGGACUUGAGCAAGGUAUCGAUCAGAUCAACAAUGAAUUCAGCAAUAGUAGUCAUCCUCUUUUCCCAUGUUCUGAACUGGGCCGAUUACAUUUACUUUUAGGGGUUGUCGAACGCGAACUUGGCAAUUUCGUGCAUGCAGAAACUUGUUUCAAGCAGAUAAUCGCUCAAGAACGUACUUGUCUAUUGGAUCAUCAACACAGCGAAUAUGACGAUAUGGAUGACAACAAGAAUGAUAAAACCUUAUCAUGGGCAGGAUCUUAUGCUUUCUACGAAAUGGCGUUACUCAAAUGUUUACAAUCUACUUGUCCGGAAUCACAACAACGAACAAAAAGAAUCAAGGAAGCUCGAGAAUGGUUACGACGCACUGAUCAGUUCCAUCAUUAUCAUUCAACUCAUGGUAACAACUCUAGUAGUAUCAAAGGUGGAUCCUCUUUAAAUUAUUCUGAUGUCUCUUGUGAAUCUGCUUGUAUGUUACUUCAUAUUCGAUGUCAAUUAUUAAUAGAAAAGAUAGAUGAAUUAUUAGAAGGUUAG